CGACCAGCACUUUACAUGAAGUAUCUCAAGAAACCACUGACAUUUUCCCUUGCGAAAAAAGUAAAUCUCUCUGAUAAUUUCUUGGAAAAGAAGUUGAUGUGGCGAGAUUUCACAACAUAUAGGAACCUUUUCAAGAAAUCGGACAUUUUGAGACCAGUCCUUCAGACACGAAUAAUCAUGGUUACAGGUGGAGAUGUUGCUAAAAGGCUCGAGGAACGCGCAGUGGAAGCCGAAGAGACCAUCGCUUUGUUGAAAUCUCAACUUCUCUUCCUUCAGAAAGCGGCAGAAAAGAAGACCAAGCCUGUUGGAAUAAAGGAUCGCAUUACAGCUCUCAAACAAGAGAAUGACCGUCUUAAGCAAGAAGCUGACAAACUUAAAUCAGAGUUGGAAUACUGGGAAGUCAGAAAUGGAUGUAAGUACCGGGUAAACAGAGAGUGUACAUAAUGUUUUAUCUUGUGACCUAAGAAAGUAAAAGUUACCUGAAAAAAAUUAUACAGUCAUAUAGCUAUUGCUUAUCAACCCAGAGAGAUACAUUGUGCAAUUGCAAGGAAGUUUUCACCUCUUGGCUUGACAAUACAGCACUGAUGAUGCUUUUGUAAAGAAGGCCUUAGUCAAUCAUUUUGCAGUUCCUCUAACACAAGAAUUAAUCAAGUAAUUUGUUUCAAUUCUCAGCAAGCAACACACAUUUUUUAAAGUCAUGUACACAUAGUAUGUGAGCUGGUGUUCAUGUAGCUUGAUGCAGAAGUGUUAUAAACAGUUUUGAUUAAUUGUUCAGUUCUAGAGAAUAGCCAUGUUCCCCCCACAGAAGGGAUUGGAAUUUCCUGGGGGGUGGGGUGUUCUA